AAACUGACCUGGCCUGUGAUAGGCUAGGAGUCAGCACUGACCCAGCCUGUGAUAGGCUAGGAGUCAGAUCAGGACCACCAGGGCCAUGACUGGCUCCCCGGGCAUCAGUGGGCAGUCCCUGUCGCCAUGGCGGUGGCUGAGUCACUGGGGGCCGGUCCUGCUGCUGGUUACCAUGACAACCCUACUGCCAGGUUGUUGCCAGGCAUGCCCUCCACGGUGCGAGUGCUCGGCCCAAAUCCGGUCCGUCUUGUGCCAGCGGCGGCGGCUCACCGGCAUCCCAGAGGGCAUCCCCACGGAAACUCGCCUCCUGGACCUCAGCCGGAACCGUCUCCGCUGGGUGGAGAUGGGUGACCUGGUGCCGUAUCCGCACCUUGAAGAAGUGGACCUGAGUGAGAACCUCAUUGCCACACUGGAGCCCAACGCGUUCGCCAACCUGCAGAGCCUCCGGGUGUUACGGCUGAGGGCGAACCAGUUGAAGCUUGUACCCAUGGGGGCCUUCGCCAAGCUGGUCAACCUGACCACGCUGGACCUGAGUGAGAACAAGCUGGUGAUUCUGUUGGACUACACCUUCCAGGACCUGAGGAGUCUAAGACACCUGGAGGUGGGAGACAAUGACCUGGUCUACAUCUCUCAUGAGGCCUUCUCUGGCCUGUUAGGGGUGGAGGAUCUGACCAUUGAACGCUGCAACCUGACUUCCAUCUCUGGCCAGACACUGUCCUACCUACGCAGCCUGGUCACUUUGCGACUACGCCAGCUCAGCAUCCCCGCCCUGGAGGACCAGAACUUCCGUAAGCUGGCCAACCUGCGGGUACUGGAGAUUGACAACUGGCCCUACCUGGAAUACAUCUCCCCCCUGAGCUUCCAGGGUCUGGACCUGUACUGGCUGUCCAUCACCAACAGCAACAUCACCUCCGUCCCCUCGUCCUCCUUCAGAAACCUGAUCCACCUCACCCAUCUCAACCUCUCCUACAACCCCAUCACCACCCUGGAGCCUUGGGCCUUCAGGGACCUGCUGAGGCUCAAAGAGCUGAUCAUGGUGAACACGGGCCUAGCUACGGUGGAGCCCCACUCCCUGGGAGGCCUCAGACAGAUCCGGGUCCUCAACUUCUCCUCCAAUGACCUCCAGACCCUGGAGGAGGGAUCGUUCCACUCUGUCAACAGCCUGGAGACGCUGCGGGUAGAUGGGAACCCGCUGCUGUGUGACUGCCGUUUGUUGUGGAUCCUGCAGAGACGCAAGACCCUCAACUUUGACGGCAGGGUGCCUGUGUGCGCUGGGCCGGUGGAGGUGCAGGGGAACAGCCUCAGCACCUUCACCGACUCAGCGCUCUUUGAUCACUUCACCUGCCAGAAGCCCAAGAUACGCAACCGCAAGCUUCAACAAGUGACGGCUCGUGAGGGCCAGCCAGUGAGUUUCCUCUGCAGUGCCGUGGGAGAGCCCGCCCCCAACAUCAUGUGGAUCUCCCCUCAGCGCCGACUAAUCACAGCCAAGAGCAAUGGCCGCAUCACCGUCCUCCCAGGAGGGACGUUGGAGAUCCGCUAUGCCCAGGUCACCGACAGCGGCACCUACAUGUGCAUCGCCAGCAAUGCCGGGGGAAAUGACACUUACUUUGCGAUGCUCACGGUCCGGGGCGCGCCGCUGGAUSCCUCGUCGGCCUUCUUCGCCAACCGCUCGAUGUACGGCGGCGACUUCUUCAACGACACAAACCUGAAUAGCACUCGCGUCUUCCUCAAGUUCACCCUGGACCUGACCACCAUACUGGUCUCCACAGCRAUGGGCUGCAUCACCUUCCUGGGCGUGGUGCUCUUCUGUUUCCUGUUGUUGUUUGCAUGGAGCCGGGGGCGGGGUCAGCGUAAGAACAACUUCACCGUCGAGACCCCUUUCCGGAAGGCCGAGGGGCCGGCGGCGGUGRGUGGCGCCGGAGGGGCCCGGAAAUUCAACAUGAAGAUGAUAUGAUACAACGCAGCCAGGGGUCACUCGGGGGAGGCAUAAGCACGUCCUGGAAACAUGUUUGACAAGACACACAUAGCGCUGAAUCGCAGAGUAAAUAAAGAAAUAMAAAUAAAAUGCAUACAGUAUUCACACAUGGCUGGUAUUCACCAGGACCAGAUUCGGUUUGAGUGGAAAAAAACAUGAUGACCUUUGACCUCACGGCCUCCUACUGGUUUUACUCAGCUCGUGGUACAACGUUCUGUUUAUAUUUUCAGACAAAUAUAACAUUGUCAUUAACCAGGUUUCCAUCCAACCCGUUUAUGCGAGUAAAGUACAUGUCGGAUAAAAAAUGUCAUGCCAGGCCUGAUGGAAACAGAACAUUUGUUGGUUUCAAAAUUUCCAAAUGUAGACAAAACUAAAUACGCUAGAUGAGGUGGGAUCUUUUGUGUCUGAGUCACGCAAUGACAUGUUGUGUGGUCCUCCCAGUACUACUCGUCAGGAAAGAACGCAGUUUAUUAGGCUACAGAUGAAAUAAAUUAUAAAUGAUGAUGAACUUCACAGGGUGGUGAAAGUG